AUGGGGCUCAUUGUGGGGAGCAGCGUGGGGCCCGUGGUGGGGAGCACUGUGGGGCCCAUGGUGGGGAGCAGUGUGGGGCUCAUUGUGGGGAGCACUGUGGGGCCCGUGGUGGGGAGCAGCGGGGGGCCCGUGGUGGGGAGCACUGUGGGGAGCACUGUGGGGAGCACUGUGGGGCUCGUGGUGGGGAGCAGCGUGGGGUUCGUGGUGGGGAGCACUGUGGGGCUCGUGGUGGGGAGCAGCGUGGGGUUCGUGGUGGGGAGCACUGUGGGGCUCGUGGUGGGGAGCAGCGUGGGGCUCAUUGUGGGGAGCAGCGUGGGGCUCGUGGUGGGGAGCAGCGUGGGGCUCGUGGUGGGGAGCAGCGUGGGGUUCGUGGUGGGGAGCACUGUGGGGCUCGUGGUGGGGAGCACUGUGGGGCUCGUGGUGGGGAGCAGCGUGGGGCCUGUGGUGCAGAGCACUAUGGGGCUCAUGGUGGGGAGCACUAUGGGAUUCAUGGUGUGGAGCACUGUGGGGCUCAUUGUGGGGAGCAGCGUGGGGCCCAUGGUGCUGCACCCACCUCCCCCUGGUGCCCAGAGCCCCGGGCUGUGA